AUGGCGUCUUCCUCUUCUUCUUCACCGGUAGCGCUUUCAAAGAGGGGGAGGCCGCGCAACAGCGGAGCCAAAAAUCCCGUUUUUUGCUCAGUUGAUGGGUGUGCUUCUGACCUGAAUCAAUGCCGGGAAUACCAUCGCCGCCAUAAGGUGUGUGAGAGGCACUCUAAGACUCCUGUCGUUCUUGUUGGAGGGAAGAAGCCGCAGUUUUGCCAACACUGUAGCGGGUGCAAAAAAAUCAUAAGAGAAGAAAGCAAUGCCCAAAGACUCCCAUGCCUUUCUUGGUUGGAAAACCCAACCGGUGAUUUCUGA